AGAUUUACAUAGGCGGCUCUCUCUCUUGAGUCAUAUACAUACAUUACCAGUUUUCAAUUUUCCCAUCCUCUCCUUCCCCUCUCUCUUUCUUCCUUAUAAAACGAAGAUCCUCCCAUCUCGACCUCCAAAAAGAAGCCUAUGGACAUGGAAGUGGUGGUGCCGGUGCCGCUGGACUUCAACUUCGAUAGCGCAUGUUCGUCUCCCUAUAUGACUGCUCCUUCCACUCCUCAACGCUUUGGCAAUGGCAGCAGCUUCUUCUUCAGUGCUCCAACCAGUCCAACUCGUGCUUCUUCUUCGGUUGCAGUCCCUUUCGAGUGGGAGGAAAGGCCUGGUAUACCAAAAAUGAAUGAUUUUAAUGGCGGAAUCGAGAAAGAAGAUAACACCCACGGUGGUGGUGGUGAAGGGUGUGAAGAUUUCGAGUUCGACUUUAGUGGGCAGUUAGAGAGGACGUCUUUGUCGGCCGAGGAGCUCUUCGAUGGAGGAAAGAUUCGGCCCUUGAAACCCCCACCUGGCUUUUCAGAGUUGUCAAGUUAUUCACCCAAAUCUCCCAGAUCUCUCCGAAAGAAGGACAUCGAUCCAUUCGAAACCGCCAUCGAGAAGUCUCGUAGAAGAUCGGCAGUGGAGCCCAAAAACACAACACAACGAGGCAGAGAAACAACUUCAUCAUCAUCUUCAAGCUACGUUCACAAGAAAAGCAGAUCAUUGUCUCCUUUCAGAGUAUCCGACCACACCAUGUUCGAGCAAGACCAAACCACUGCUUCUACAACGAAUCCCAAAUCUUACGUGUCUUCAAUCUUAUCAGCAAUUUCAUUCUCUAAAGGUAACAGGAAAUGGAAGUUGAAAGAUCUUUUGUUGUUUAGAAGUGCAUCAGAAGGUAGAGCAACGAGUAAGGAUUCCUUCAAGAAAUAUGCCGUCUUGUCUAAGAAAGAGGCAGAGGAUGUUAAAAGUUGGAGCUUUCGUUCUACUGAGAGUGUUGGGUCGAGUUCGAGACGGAGAGGACCGGUUUCUGCCCACGAGUUGCAUUACACGGCGAACCGGGCGGUGUCGGAGGAGAUGAGGAGGAAGACUUUCUUGCCUUACAAGCAGGGUCUCCUUGGAUGCUUGGGGUUCAACCCUGGAAUACAUGAGGUUUCUAGGGGUAUUAUGUCUUUCACACGUGGAUGAUCAAGAUUUCUUGAUUUCAUUAAUCUAUCUAUCUUACUCCGAUUUCAGUAUAUAUUAGCAUAAAAAAAUAAGCAUAUAAUUGUUUAUGAAAUUAAAAUAUUUUAAAUACUUAUCUUUUAAUCUUUUUAAUAACAAAUAUAUUCUAUGUA